UUAAGUUGGCUUUCCGCAAACGUAGAGGUGGGGGGAAAACGCGCUCUUUUGUUUUUAUACGAGCGGUUCACUUGUUUUCGAAUUUGAAAAGUUCUAGUCUGUGCUUCUGGUAACAUUGAAUGUUUGUUCUUAGCAUGUAGAGGAAGUGAAAACGUUUUAGCUUAUUUGAAUCCAUUGGUUUAACUUGAAGAGAUAUUUUUCUGAGGGGUUAUUCUUAUCGUUGGGAAGCCCUAAGAUGUUUAUGAAUAAAGUUCUACGAACUAAGCUGGAAAAAUUUUGGGAAUAUGGAGCUGGGAGAAUGAUCCUUGCUGCCAUAUGUGCUCACUCCGUAUCAGUAUCCAUCGGUAUAUGUCAGGGUUACAGCGCCAUCUUGAUACCACAACUUGAAUCCUCACCACAAUAUAACAUAACUAGAGAAGUUAGUUCCUGGUUAGCUAGUUUGGGAGUCGUAACAAAUCCUCUUGGUUCAAUAGCAUCUGGAGUGUUGGCUGAGUAUAUGGGAAGAAAGAUGGCUAUACAGUUAACAACAAUUCCCUUCUUCAUAGGUUGGCUUUGUAUAGGAUUAGCGAAUGAACUGAAAUGGAUAUACUUAGGGAGAAUUAUCACUGGAAUAGCUUCAGGAAUGGCAUCGGCUAGCUAUACCUACGUAUCGGAGAUAUCGACACCGGAGAGCAGAGGAGUUCUUCAAGCUCUUGGUCCCAUAAGUGCAAGUUUUGGUAUCCUCUUGACCUAUAUUUGGGGCUACUUCUUCCAGUGGAGAUAUACCGCCCUUGUCAGCCUCUUUUUUUGCGUCUUCACCUUGAUCUCCAUGAGUUUCCUUCCUGAGUCUCCGGCGCACUUAGUCAAAGGCAAGGAUACAAAAAAGAUUUUCGAGGCCUAUCUCUUCUUCAGACGUAGUAACGCCAAGGCCCAAGAGGAAGUAGAGAAGCAUACGUCUAAAAGCAGCGAGUUCUACAACACCCAGGUGACGUGGAAAGAGGUUUUCUGCUGCCCUGCGACUGUGAAACCAUUCUUGAUCCUUGUAACCCUUUUCUUCCUCCAAGAGAUGUCUGGUAUAUACAGCAUUCUUUUUUACACCGUCAAUUUUUUCAAAGAGACACAUCUACAAGUGGAUGAUUUCUUGGCUUCUAUCGUUGUCGGCGGCAUCAGGUUCUUCAUGUCCAUUGUGACGGCCAUGCUGAUCAAUAGAUUCGCCAGGAGAAGUCUUUGUGUGGUUUCAAGCUUUGGAAUGGCCUGCACACUGCUGCCGCUUCUGAUUUAUAUUAGAUACUAUGAGAUUUUUUCAGGAGAAGUGAAACGCUUCGCUUAUUUACCACUAGUCAGUGUCAUCUUCAACGUGUUCUUCAGCAUGGUGGGGAUGCUGCCCAUACCUUAUAUACUAGUUGGGGAAUAUUUUCCCCUCAGAGCUAGAUCCAUCAUGUCUGGUUUCGUGAUUUGUAUCGGACAGACUUUCAUUUUCAUCUCUGUGAAAAUUUAUCCAAACCUAAUAAAUCUACUUGGAUUUAGUGGCACUUUAUUCACUUUUUUCGUGGCAUCAUGCGUUGCAGUUAUCUUUUGCAAGUUUGUACUGCCAGAGACAAAGGAUAAAAGUUUGGAUGAUAUUGAGGAGUACUUCAGAGGGAACAGUAAUAAGGAUUCUUACGUCCUUCCGCACCAUACGAUCGGAGAGACUACGGCCAAAGAAAUUUUCUCCAUAAAGAUAACGACGUGAUUUUAUUAUUUAUAGAUUGAGUAUUUUAUAAUACAUGUGAUAUCUUCGAACACUUUGAGAAUUUUGGGUAGUUUCUUUGUGUUCUGGUGACAAACAAAUUAUCAGUGAUUUCAUAAUCUCCAAAGAAAAUUUUCUGAUAUAUCAUCUAUGAGGAUGAGUAAAAUCUGAGAAAAUUCAUAUGAUAAAAUAUGUUUUGCAAAUACCUACAUGAAAUAUUUAAUCAUGUAUGUACUCAAGAUGAGAUUCUCGUAAAGUUUCGUUGUUGAAAAGAACAUCAUAUAUUCAAUAUUCCAAUUUUUCUUCAAAUUUAAUGAUCUGAAAUCAUAUUGAAAAAUAUGUUUACGUUUUUCAUUAUUUAUUCUUAAUAUGGAAUACUGAAUAUAUUUUUUACAAUCGAACUCAAACUGUGAAAACAUUUUUAUAUCUGUGAAUUUGUGAUCUGUAUAUAACAUCUUUUCAAGUUCGUUCAUAUUGGAUGCAAUUAUAUUUUCAUUAAAUUAAUGUUUUUAUUAUCAUAAGUUGAAUUUUUAAUAAAG